UUAUCAAGCUGCAGUUUCCCUUUCUAUUCUUUUUACUUGUAUUAUUCAGUUUUAGUCAUUAAAUAUUUUUACCCGUGGAAGACCUUGAGACGGAAUAUCACCUACCGACAAGCAAACGGAAAGGAUCAUUAUUCUAUAACCAAGGGCAGAUCAAAUGCAAAGAGUUGUGAAUGAGUGAAAUGCGACGCUGGUGCAGAUUGACUGCUGAACGGAGGAGCAGAGAGCAUCUGUAGGAGAGCUUACAUGUACGUGGACACCGGCUGAGUAGCCUAAAACAACACAGCCGUGCCCGUUAUCAUCAAGUCCAGAGUCGUUCCCUUACUAUUUAUAUUCAUUGCUUUUCCUCUACUCUCUCACUAAACACCGGAUUCCAGCGCCAUUAACCCUCGACAGUUUGGUAUUUUCUUUUAAGGGACGGAUUAACGGAGUCUUAACGGAGAAGCGGGGAGCUCAUGUGGAGAGCAAUGAGUGCGCAACGCGGCGGUGCGCCGGUGUAACGUCGUAUUUCCCACUUUAACAGUUCUCUUCCAGUGGCUCACCAGCGGACAGUGGAUUGGUGUAGGGUAAGCUGCCACCGGUCGCGUACCCGCACCGGGAUUUUUAAUGCAAACUCAACGGGAACUACAUUGAAACACCUCGCUUGUCCCACCACCCCUCCAGGAGCCCCGCGGCGCGACCAGCCUUGUGCGGUGCGAGACAGGAAGAAAAGUGGAUAUGAUGUCUUAAUUGGUUUGAAAUUUUGCCUGACCAAAAGGAUUACUAUUUAACUUAUUCGGUGCCAAGUGGAGAUCCCCACCUGGCUUGACAAGUGGAGAAACCGACGGAAAAUAGCCGGGGAGGUGGAGAGGGACGCGACGCGCAGGUCUUUGGUUCCAUUUCCCUGGGCCUGUCCAGUUUUUCAGACCUUGCAGUCGCCACCAUUUAUCUUCAUGUUGAGCCUUAAUAAAACACAGACCACCAGAUAGAGCUGCCCUGUUCCCAGUGGAGGAUAAUGGAACGGCUGUGGAUCUCUUUGCUGGUGCUGGCAGUAGCAUGCAGGGGGCAGCCAUGUCCGAAACGCUGUAUGUGCCAGAGCCUUUCUCCAUCGCUCGCUAUCCUCUGCUCUAAGACAGGACUGCUGUUCGUUCCUGCUGCCAUUGACCGACGCACUGUGGAGCUACGGCUUCAAGAGAACUUCAUUACAGCUGUCCGAAGAAAGGAUUUUGCCAAUAUGACCGCCCUGCUACAUCUGACCCUGUCUAGAAACACCAUCAGUCAGAUCCUCCCUUCAGCUUUCAGUGACCUGCGGCGAUUGAGAGCACUCCAUCUGGAUUCUAAUAGAUUAACUGUGAUCAAGGAUGAUCAUUUCAAAGGCCUGACCAACCUUCGCCACCUGAUCCUGGCCAACAACCAGCUCCACUCCAUAUCUCCCCAUGCCUUUGACGACUUCCUGUCCACACUGGAGGAUCUAGACCUCAGUUACAAUAACCUUGCAGAGGUGCCCUGGGACACAAUCGGGUUCUUGACCAACGUCAAUACCCUAAAUAUGGAUCAUAACGUCAUAGAAAAUGUUCCCCAAGGGGUAUUCACCAACCUACACAAACUGGCCAGGCUAGACAUGACAUCCAACAAGCUGAAAAAAAUUCCUCCAGACCCAUUGUUCCUGAGAAUCCCAGUUUAUGCCAAGUCCAAAGGCUCCCCCCUCUCCUCCCUGGUGUUGAGUUUUGGUGGUAAUCCCCUUCACUGUAACUGUGAGCUUCUGUGGUUGAGGAGACUAACCAGAGAGGAUGACCUCGAGACGUGUGCUUCUCCACCUGACCUCAGUGCCAAAUACUUCUGGACAAUACCUGAAGAGGAGUUUAUUUGUGACCCACCAGUUCUGACCCGUAAGUCACCUCAUACUGUGGCUAUGGAAGGCCAGCCUGCCAGCCUAAAGUGCAAAGCAAACGGUGACCCAGAGCCUGAAGUCCACUGGAUUAGCCCUGAAGGACGACUUAUAUCCAAUGGCUCCAGAACCUUAGUUCUGCCCAAUGGAAGCCUGGAGAUCAAUGUAACAUCCCUGAAGGAUUCGGGUAACUUCACUUGCAUUGCCUCUAAUGCAGCAGGUGAAUCCACGGGAAGGGUGGAGCUUGUUGUCACGGCAAUACCCCAUCUGGCAAACAGCACAAGCCGCAGUCGAGACCAGUCCUCUGAACCUGCCCCUUCUGACAUUCUAACCUCCUCUAAGGUUGCGCUGCCAAACAACGAGACAAGGGGGGUAGACCGGAGGGUGUCAUUGGUAGAACUGAAAGGAAACUCUGCCCUCAUCAGAUGGAGCAGUCAGACUCCUACAUCUGGAGUCAGGAUGUUCCAGAUCCAGUACAACAGCUCUGGGGAUGAUGCACUGGUUUACAGGAUGAUUCCAUCCAGCAGCAAUGACUUCCUGGUCCGGGACCUUGCCGCUGGACGCAGCUAUGAUCUGUGUGUCCUGGCUGUGUUCGAUGAUGUGAUCACAUCACUGACUGCAACACGUCCUUUGGGCUGUCUGUCAUUCACCACAGACACAGAGUUCAGCCAGUGCCAGGCCUUGCACAGCCACUUCCUGGGUGGUACUAUGAUCAUCAUCAUUGGAGGGAUUAUUGUUGCUUCUGUGCUGGUUUUCAUUAUCAUCUUGAUGAUACGAUAUAAGGUUUACAGCCACCAAGGAGCAAGCCACGGAAAAGCAGCCAUUGCGGCGACUGCACCGAGACCGCAGAGCAACGGGCAAGGGGGAGGCGGACAGGUCCAAGUCUUACCUCGCUCUGCCUCAAAAAUGACUGACAGUCAGGAUGACCAAGCACUAGCGCCAUCCAGGGCCAUGUCGCCUAGCAACACCCUGAGAGACACUGUGGCACUGGUCGAAGAGGAGGGUGGCGGACGGAGCCUAAUGUCAAGGACUGACUCCUUGGCCAGUGAAGAGUUGCUCUCGCCCACCAAGGCCCGCUUCUUCUCCAGGGUCUCCAUUGAGAUGAAAAGUAGACCGCCAUCUGUGUCCAAAGAGCCCACCUCCCCCAAGGAACUGGCAGAGCCCUGAUGUUGUUGUUCUGAGUGGCAGGUAAAUGAACGUCACCACCAGGGAGAAGAUGGUGAAAACUCUGAAGGAAAAACGCCCUAUAGCUCCUCUUCCUGUAUCUCCUGCUUAUUGUUCCCAUUACUUUGUUACCAUGAAUAUCAUGGGGUUAUAGACCUGCUGUCUGGUUUACUCUAAACUGCUUUUCCUGGUUCUCAUGUCUGGUUUGGAUGGAUGACUGUAUCAAGGCCCAGGGUCUAUCUGGCUACUCACUGGCCAGUUGCUGCAGGAUCCAACAGUUGGUGUGAUCAUCUACAGUAAUUCACUUUUAAUGAACAGCACUCAUUAACUGUGGAGUUUUCCAACUUUGAAACAUCUUGUUCAAUAGGAAAGUGGAUGCAGUGACGGCAGAUCAUUUAAAAAGCAACAUUAAAAUGCAUAUGAUAUGUCAACAUAAAAACAGACAUAAAGUGUCAGUGAUUUUUGCACCAUCUGGAGCAACAUCAGCAUGCAUGGACAGAUACCAAGUGGAAGGAAAAAACAGACAAACACUAAAUGGCUAAACAGCAAAACUUGGAUGCAUAAACAAUCACAGUCAAACUGGAUAUCCACGAUGGCAGAUCACAUAGACAAAACAGGAAUAAUGUCACAGAAAAAAAGCAUCUGGAUGUGUCUGGUUUUGGAAAUGAACAUAUGUUCAGUCCCUGCUUCUGCAACUAAACAUAAGGGCCCCUCAAUGUGACUUCACUUUAUUAAACCAUUGUAAUAAUGAAUUCUGUUAAACCAAACUGAGCUGAUCCUAGCUGGGCUGAACUGGAGCUGGAUCUUUACCUCCUUCACUGGACCCUAAUAUCUCUCAAUAAGGAGUUUUCCUCUGGAAAGUACAUGCAGUGCGUAAGGAAACCUGAAGAGAAAUGGGUUGACCCAAGCAGACCUGAAUAAACCUGGACCCUGUGGAGCCUAAACUGGAGUUGUACACUAGUAAGGGAUUCAGACUGUGCGAUUAUCUGAUGCAGACUAAACUGCACAAGACAAGACCAGCCUGUUAACUACUGAUUUAGUCUAUCCCUGUGGUCUAAAAUCAAUCAACUGCUUUCCACUGGAUAGAACAGGUGAAGACCUUGAGGACCUUUUACAGCCUCUCUCCCAUUUCUCCAGGGCCACUUAAACAGACCCAGUGAUCGGGAGGAAAGCCACGUCUGAAAGGAAAGUCAGUUAGCUAAAUCACAUCAAUCAUUACUGAUGAGCAGAAUUCAGUGGAAACAUAAUCACCACUGUCUUCACUGACUAAAUUGCAGGUAGAGAUCUAUAUUGAAAGUAUAAAAGAAAUCUGUUGUAUGACUCUACACAACUGCACCACUUGCAGUAUGAUUUGGUAGUCAUCUAGGCUCUCUGUACAUCUUCUUUGUCACCAAAGAGGAUGUUUACAUGCACAAAGUAUAACAAUUCACACCUCACUUCAUGUGCUAUUUCAAGAGUUACUGUACAUAUCAUAUGCAACACAUAUGUAUCUGACAGAUAUCAUUCAUAAAUGAUCACAAUAGCACACUGACUUUUUACUAGCAUCUUCCUCAUCAUUCUCAUGCUUGGACUUCAGGCUGGUUGUAAAAGGGAUACGCUGUACACAGGUGCCAUGUCAGAUAUGUGUCACUCAUAUGUGUGUACAUGUAACUACACUCACUGGAGUUGGUGUCAUUUUUAUCAUCAUCAUCAUGAUAGUUACAAUUCCCUGUGGAGAUGUAAGGUGGUAAAAGAGAAACUAGACAGCAAACUGGAAAACGUCUGAUCCAUCCCAGAAAACAAAACAAAAAAAAGUACUUGCUUUGGCUUUACUUUUCCCCUCCUGUGUUCCCCUCAGUUUUCCUUUGUCUUUUAUAUAUGUGCAUAAAGCAAUUUCAAAUCCUAUAGUUUUGUACAUGUAAUUUUUAUGG